GCCUCUUUAUAAGUGGCUUGCAAUGUACAUUUCGGAACUCAAAAAACUGAAAAACAAAUGGCGCCCAGAAAGGCCUCUCCUCCGUCUCUCUCUCCAAUCCCAAUCCCAAUCGGUAAUUGCGAGGUUAUGGUUGAAGCAAAGGGCUUCAAUUGCAAAUCCGAUCAAAAUAGCCUUUCGAUUUUCCUCUCCAGAAAUGCCAAAAUCAGAGUUUCAGUGAGGGAAGAGGUGAAUAGAAAGUGUGAUAAUGAUGAGAAAGCUCCGAAGUUUGAGGAUGAUUAUGGAUUUUUGCUUGUUAAUCCGAAAGAUGGUGAUAGCUUUAGCAAAUCUUGUCUUCAGGAAGUGCUAAAUUUAUACAUGCAAGAGUUACCCACGAUGAGUUAUGCGGCAAAUACUGGAAAGAAGUCGUCGUUUCUUGAACAAUGUGUCUCAAAUGGGAAAUAUUGUACUCUGCUUUUGAAUUCCAAGUUCAUGGAAUGCUCGGAAAAGAUGCUAGCUGCAAUUACCUAUCAAAUAGUUCCUGCUGACACACAGUAUGCUGAGAUUCCUCUUGCUGCUGUUAGGUCAAACUACCAACACAAGGGUUUUGGUUGCUUAUUGUACAUGGAAUUGCGGAGGAGACUUCAAAGUGUUGGUAUUCACACUAUAUACUGUUGGGGAGAUGUGGAAUCUGAAGGUUUUUGGAUUAAACAGGGUUUUGCAUCAAUAGCCAAUGUGGACAAGAAGGGUCGAGCUCGCAGGCUGCCUAUCAAGUCUGAUAUUCGCAGAACAUUGUGCUUUCCUGGGGGUUCAACCCUUAUGGUGGCUCAUCUUAAUAGGGACACUUUGGAUAACCCUGCUGACUCUUUAAAGUUUGUUGAGCAAUUGAUACAAGAUGGAUUAUCUUCUAGAAAUGAUAAGGCAGAUGGCUUUUGUCAAACCCAUGAUGCAAAGCAAGGUUGUGGGGAUGCUGCUCCUUCUGAGAGAGUGCUCUGCAACAAUAUGGCUACUUGCGGAGAACCAACAAAUGUUGGAUCUAGUGGUGGCGUAAAUCUCUGCACUUGCUCAACACAAAAUGCAAAGAGGAAGGUUUGGGAAGCCUCACUAUCUUCGUUGAAAUCAAAAAAAGUGAAGGGAAGCCAUCUUCUGGAUUGCUCAUCAGAGUCUGCGUGGGGUCUAAUUCCUGAAAGUGACUGUACUGCUCCUUGUUUUAAUGGAUGCUCCUGGGAAAUGGUAAAUAAUUCUAUAGAAGGCAAACCAUUUGAGAUGACAUCAAAAGCUCUUGUCGGUAAAGAAGUUUGUUCAAAUGGAGAAUAUUUAAAAGUAAUGUUGAUGAAUAUUGCUGACGAUACCAAGAAAACGAGUCUGACAAAGGUAAUUGAAAUGCUUGGUGGAGCUGUUACCUGUGAUGGGAGUGCAAGCACACAUGUUGUUACCGGGAAAGUGAGAAAAACAUUGAAUUUCUGCACUGCUCUCUGUUCAGGAGCAUGGGUAGUCUCAUCCAGCUGGUUGAAAGAAAGCUUCCGGGUUGGCAAAUUUGUGGACGAAUUGCCCUUUAUACUGCACGAUGAAGAUUACAUGUCAAAGUACAGAACUGACUUAAAGAGUACAGUUCUCAUAGCAAGAUCAAGGCCAAGAGCAUUGCUAAGAGGUUACCAUCUUUGCAUAGCCUCACACGUUCAACCACCUAUUCGUACCCUAUCCGCAAUUGUUAGGUCUGCUGGUGGGCAAAUUAUUUCUGGUUUGGACAAGGUAAGCAAAUCAUCGAAAACGAUCUUUAUUGCCUGUGAAGAAGAUAUGGAGGAAGCAUUAUCAGCUGCAAAGAAAGGAAUAUGGACUUUCAGUGGGGAUUGGCUGAUGAACUGCAUCAUGAAACAGGAACUCGACUUGGGGGCACCAAAGUUUUCUGAAUCCUUGUGAGGAGGAUAGUCAGCCACCAAGAUAGCCUCUGAGAAAGCAGAUUUAUUUUACUUUUCGUACUGAGAAAUGUCAAAUAGAAAAGAAAAGAAAGAAACAAAAAGA